AUGAACGAGUUGAGUUCUGGACUGGCGUCAUUUGAGAAAGAACUCGCCGACAAAGAGCGCAACGUUCAGCGAGCCUCGGAUUUAGGAUCUGAAAUCAAAUCCAUGCAGAAAGCAGUCAUGAAUGAUGUUGCUGUACUGGAAUCUGAUAUCGAAAAAUUUGGAGCAUUACUGCCAUCAGAAGUUGAGGCUCGACUUGGUGAAUUGUCUGCUUUGAAAUCGCAGCUGGUGGAUUUAUCCGAGCAGGUCGAUCACAUGUCCCAUUUGGUCGAACCAUCAAAUGAUUUGGAAAUAGACCCAAUGAACAAGGGCGAUUUAGAUGAACAGAUGAGCAAUAUGAAGAAGAAAAUUGAUGAGGCCCCACCGAUAUCUGCUGAGCGGAACAGGCUUCAAGAGCAUAUGGAUUCGAUCAACGCCUUAUUGGUGAAAGUCAAUGAUCUUGAAGGAGAUUUCCCCUAUGUCAGAGCAAUGGUGACAGAGCGUUUGAAGAAGGUGCCUGAUGACGAUCUACAAAUGAAAAUGCAAUAUCUAGCAAGUAAUUGGAAUCCCACUGUCACAAAUGUCAAGGACAAAAAAGCUAUGAUAGCCAAAGUGAGUGCAUUUGAAAAUACGUUGCUUUAG